AUUCCAGUAGUCAGUAAAUGGCCAAAUACGUACCUCCCAAGGAGCUACUGUAGACACCCGGAAUAGGCAGUCAUCCCCAGUGCUGCCACUGAACCACAAUUUUGCUUAACCUUAGAAGUCAUUCGUAUGGCAGAGGAGCUGAGCAGAUAACUGGUGGAUCUCUCUCGAUGAGAUUUCCUCCCGCAGCAAAGUUGACUGUUGAAAUGUCUCCUAAAGCUCUCACUCAGAAAAUACAGUGCAAAUGGGUUGACGCAGGAGUUGCAGAAACUCAAUACUCGGGCCACUAAGGGCCCAAUCCUGUGAGAUGCAGAGUGCCCUGAUCUCCAGCUGAAGUUAGUGGGAGUAGAACUCAGCACCUGCCAAGAGGCAUUUAGCAUUUUGCAGAAUCUGGCCCAUUGUUUAUACCUAUGAAGAGACAUGGCAUAGGAAAUGAUUUAUGUGGGUGAUCACAUGUGAAAAUGACAGGGAAGAUGGUCUUGGUUAGAAAUUUACUCCUCGUGCCAGGGAAUGGGGAAAUUCGAAAACCUGAGUCGUCUUGAACCAGUCAAAUCUGAAACGCCCGCUGAGCAUCAAAAGCAACACAUUUGAAAGGGCUUUUACUUGAUUAUAGCCUACGGGCACACAAGAAAAACUGGAUACGUUAGUUUCAGAGCAACGAGAGCGAAGGAGAGGAGAGAGAGCGAUUGCAACAAGUUAGUAACUCCGGUAGAGAAUAUUUUGACAGAUUGAGUAACUGAGGAAUUCAGUGGGACAGCCCAUGUACAUAACCAGUUGGAAAGAGUCCAGAGGAGAGCAACAAGAGUGAUCAGAGGUUUGAAAAACAUGACCUGUGAGCCUGCCAGGAUUGUCCUGACUACCACUCAAACAUAAUUUCUGUUCAGCACGGGACUUCAUUAAUUCUAUUUUCUAUCUGAUAAGAAAAUUAUGACCUGAUCUUGAAUGAGAAAAAGGAGAUGCACAUUGCACAGAUAUUUGAGUGUGACAGACGCGUGAAACAGCAACACUGUUACCUAUAUUUAGUCUAAAUAAUUACAACAAAGCGCUAGAAACAAUUAUUUGAUCAGACGUUUCAUAAAUAGGGAGAGGUUGCAAUAGGUUGUACAAGGACUUGCCGAGUUCCAAUUCAGCCUGAGUGGCUGAAAGACAAAGUGGUCUCUACUGAAGCCGCGGAAUGUGGAGGCAGAAACCGGCAGGUAGAUCCAGCUUUCUCCUUUUCCCCCACUAGAGCAAUUUGAGCUUGAGGGCAGUAGCCCCUGCUGACUGAGGUGGGGGCGAGGUCGGGAGGAGCGACUCAUCGGGCUGUGGGUGAUUAUUGGAGCGCUGACAACAGAUGUCUCUCUCCCCCUCCCUGGUGCGUGCGUGCGCGCUGGGCGGGCGAGGCACUGCUGGCAGGACAGCAGCUUUCCUCCAGGAUGGUCCCUGCUCCUCUCCCUGGACGGACCCAGCUGGCUGCCGCCGAGAAGCGGGAUCCAACAGCAGCUCCUGACUUGAGCGCCAAGUGAAUGGGGCGCCCCAACAACGCAACGCCGGGGCUGCGGCUGCUCAGGCCUCCAACAGUGAUUGGUCAGUUCCAUACCCUUUUCUUUGGCUCAGUUCGAAUGUUUUUCCUUGGUGUUUUGGGCUUUGCAGUUUAUGGAAAUGAGGCCUUGCACUUCAGCUGUGAGCCAGACAAGAGGGAGGUUAAUCUCUUCUGUUACAAUCAGUUCAGGCCCAUAACUCCUCAGGUAUUCUGGGCAUUACAGCUAGUGACGGUUCUGGUACCUGGAGCAAUGUUUCAUCUUUAUGCUGCAUGUAGAAACAUCGAUCAGGAAGAUAUCCUCCAAAAGCCCACCUAUACUGUUUUUUAUAUCCUCUCUGUUCUGUUAAGGAUUGUCCUUGAAGUUGUGGCAUUUUGGCUUCAGAGUCAUCUCUUUGGCUUCCAAGUGAACCCACUCUACAGGUGUGAUGCAGGAGCCCUUGACAAAAAGUUUAAUAUUACCAGAUGCAUGGUGCCAGAACACUUUGAAAAGACAAUUUUCCUCAUUGCUAUGUACACUUUUACUGUGAUUACAGUGGUGUUGUGUGUUGCUGAGAUUUUUGAGAUCUUAUGUAGAAGACUGGGUUUUUUAAAUAAUCCGUGACCCUGUUGUCAUAUUGAACUACUCCUGUUUAUGUGCCAUCUGUUCUGACUGUUGUGUGUGGUGGAUUUUUUAUGUACGAUGGAGUUCUCAGUGUGAAACAAAGACCAUUUUUUGUGCACCUCUGCAAUUUUGUAUAGGAACUUCCCUUACAUGUGCUUUUUGUAUAUUACCAUUGUCAAAUACAUAACUAAGGGCCAGAUCCAAAAGACAUUUACUGAUGUAAAUAAUCCUUACUCACAUGUAUAGAUUGAAGCCAAUGAAACUACACAUGUCAAUGAAUGCCACUUCAGUGCCAUUUAAAGCAAUUUGGUGGGG